UUGCAGGACACUCAACAUGUUCUCAAACACGAAGCUCCAAAAGGCUCUGCUGAUAUUUUUGUCUCUUUUAAUGUUAGCCUGGAUAAUUCUUGUGAUUUCUCAAAACUCCACCAAGGUUUGGUUAACUCUAAACUUACCCAUUUCUCUGCAAAACUGGAAUGCCCUCACAAACUCCUCAUGCCCUAACACAUCAGUGAGCUUGAUAAAGUCACCAACAGAGACUGACCUGAAAAUCAGGAAGAUAGUGGAAAAAGUGGACCAGCUGAUCCCACUCAGACCCUUCACCCACAUGCACACCACCACCAGUGCUGCCCAGAGCACAGCCACCAUCCUCAACCCCAGAGACACAUACUGCCAGGGGGACCAGCUGGAUGUCCUGCUGGAGGCGAAGAACCACCUGGGACGCAGGAAGGAAUACGGCGGGGACUUCCUGAGGGCCAGGAUGUCCUCCCCAGACCGUAAGGCCGGUGCAUCAGGGAAGGUGACGGACUUCAACAACGGCACCUACCUUGUUAGCUUCACUCUGUUCUGGGAGGGCCAGGUCUCCCUGUCUGUCCUGCUCGUGCACCCCAGUGAAGGGGCGUCAGCCCUCUGGAGGGCGAGGAAAGAAGUCAAUAAUAUAAUUACUUUCAAAGGUAAAUUUGUUAAUGGUGCUGCACAAGUCCUUUCUGAAUGUGGCUUAACCCUAAAUUCAAGUGCAGAACUAUGCAAAUAUCUGUUCGGCGAUCAGGAAGUGUUCUACUGUAUUAAGCCUCAACACAUGCCCUGUGAGGCUCUGACCGAUGUGUGUUCCAAGAACCAAAAAAUUACUUAUCUUACUGUCAAGGAAAAAAGCCUUUUCCAACAGUCCAACGUAGGGCUUGAAAUGAUGAAGAACUUUCCUUCCAUCCAAGUCUUACCCUGUAACAAAAAUGAAAAAGUAAAGGAGAAAUGUCGAACCGGAAUGCAGGUGCCCUUCCCCAGCGGUUACACUUUACAAGAAAGGUGGAUCCCAACAUUUUGCAGCCAGAUUCAGUUCAACACAGCGAUGAUGAAUAGCUGUCUGAAAGGAAAGCUCAUUUAUCUCCUGGGAGACUCCACGCUGCGGCAGUGGAUCGAGUACUUACCCAAAGUUCUAAAAACAUUGAAAUCUUUUAAUCUUCAUGGAACUGGAAGUUUUCCGAAACGUUGGCUUCUGGACACCGAAAGACACAUUCACAUUCAAUGGAAAAAACAUAGCUACCCUUUCACCACAAUUCAUCUAUAUUCAGUGAUAGACGAUGGUUAUAUCCCUCUGGAGAUCGACCGGGUACUAGGGGACCAAAACACAGUCAUUGUUAUUACAUUUGGCCAUCACUUCAGACCCUUCCCCAUGGAUGUUUUUAUCCGUAGGGCUCUCAAUAUCCGAAAGGCCAUUGAACGGCUGUUUCGAAGAAGCCCAGCAACUAAAGUGAUCCUUAAGACAGAAAAUGUCAGAGAAAUGCCCCUAGCAACAGAGUGGUUUGAUGACUUCCAUGGGUACAUUCAAUAUCUCAUCAUGAAGGACAUUUUCAAAGAUCUCAAUGUGGGUCUCAUUGAUGCCUGGGACAUGACCAUUGCAUACAAUGCCAAUUUUCUCCAUCCACCAGAUGUUGUGAUUAGAAAUCAGAUUGACCUGUUUUUAAACUACAUUUGCUAA